GUGGUCGUUUGGGUAAAUUGCCUCGAGGCCCCAGAGCGAGGUGGGACUGGACGUGGAGCUGAAGUUGCUGUCGUUGCCGCCGUCGCCGCCUUCACGGUUGCAGCCGCCAGCUCAGUCAGCCGAGUGGCUUGUACGGGCCCCACCAUGGAGGAUUUGGAGAACAGAACGGAGGUGGUCCUCCUGGCCUGUGGCUCUUUUAAUCCCAUCACCAACAUGCACCUGAGGCUGUUUGAGCUGGCCAAGGACUACAUGAAUGAAACAGGAGAAUAUAAUGUUACCAAAGGCAUCAUUUCCCCUGUUGGUGAUGCGUAUAAGAAGAAAGGCCUCAUCAAUGCCCACCAUCGAAUUAUGAUGGCACAGCUUGCCACGCAGAACUCCCAAUGGGUGGAGGUAGACACCUGGGAAAGUCUUCAGAAGGAGUGGAUAGAGACGGCCAAAGUGCUUGGCUACCAUCAACAGAAAUUGGAAGCUAGGAACUCUGACAAUAGCACAAGGGCCUCUGUUUCCCCAGUACUUCCUGGAGGGAAGAGGAAGAGGACUGAUGACUGCCCAGAUUUUAGUGAAAAGAGGCCACCUACCCCACAAAAAAAGGGUCCGCCACAGUUGAAGUUGCUGUGUGGGGCAGACUUUCUGGAGUCUUUUGGUGUCCCCAACUUGUGGAAACCGGAGGAUAUCAGCACCAUCGUGGCAAAGUACGGGCUCGUGUGUGUCACCCGGAAUGGAAAUAACGCCGAGAAAUUUAUCUAUGAGUCAGAUGUUCUUUGGAAACAUAAGAACAACAUUCACCUGGUGAAUGAAUGGAUUACCAAUGACAUCUCGUCCACAAAGAUUCGGCGAGCUCUGAGGAGAGGCCAGAGCAUCCGCUACCUGGUGCCGGAGGCUGUCCGACAAUACAUCGAAAAGCACAACCUGUACAGCUCAGAGAGUGAGGACAGGAACGCAGGCAGUAUCCUGGCGCCUUUGCUGAAAGCCAGGCAAUAAGGGAGCCGCUGCCUCCUCCCGAGAAGAAGUGACUCAGGUUUUAGCAGACAGGAUCUUGUUUCAUAAUCGAGUUAAAAGUUAAAAUAUAAUAAAAAUCACCCGUUUUGCUUUUUUAUCUUGGCCUAUGAUGAAUGACAUAGUUUGAGAUCAUUUUAAAACUUUGGUUUAUUUUGCCUGAACCAUGAUUUUUACCUCAGUUCAUUUCAUCUUGUGUGAGUCUGAGGCUGUCUUUCUACAAGCCCCCCAUGGAAGACCUCCUCAGUGCACAGAAGGCUGUCUUCUUCUCUUUGAAUCUUGGGAGAAUUCCUCAGCCAAAUCCACGUCUUGGUCGUCAGGGAAGAAGCUGUUUGGCUUCAGGAUGAGAAAUUCCAAGGCCCAGUGAACGGAAUGAGGCACGAGCCACAUUUGCUGCAAAUAAGCUGAACUCGGGCACUAGUCUGGCUCUUCCAGCCAAGAAAAAGCAAACCAUUGCUCUGUCUAAAGUCCCUCCAGCUUUAGUAGCCUGGGUUGGUUCAGAGGGACUCAGGAACAGGAUUCUUAAAACUUUUUUUUAAAAACAGUUCCAUUGAACAUCCACAGCUGUGCAGAGAAUGUAACUGGAAGAACAUGUUGAAUCGGAGUAUGUGCACCAUAUGUUAUGGUACAGAUAGGAGGCCAGCCUUGGGAUGAUGAAGACCUGCGUUGGAGUCCAGUCUCCGAUCCUUGCUGGCCCUGUGAGCCAUCCUGCACAGAUCCUCUGCCUUCUCCAGUCUCUCUUGUGAAGACUGUCUGGUUCCAGGCUGGAUGCCUGUGUGUGUCAGGGGGAGGAGCUUACACACUUGCAGUUUCUCAUGUGCAUAAAACACAAGUCUGAAUGGGGGAAAUAAUAGCAAAACUCACUAGCAUUUAUAUAACACUUUAAGGUUUGCAAAGCUUUACAAAUACUACCUCACUUGAUCUUCACUUCACCUCUUAAAGUGCCUUAAAGGCACUUGAUAUUAUCAAUUCCGUUUUAUAGAGGAAGAAACCGAAUCAGGCAGUGGUUAAAUGACUUACCCAGGGUCCCACAGCUAAUAUGUGCAUGUGUAUCUGAGGCAGGAUUUGAGCUCAGGUCUACCUGACUCUAGGCCCAGCACACCAUACACUGUGCCUUUUAGCUAUUCCAAAAGCAUUUAAUUUAAUUAGGAUUAUUCCUCAUAUAUACUAGGGAUAAUAUUUAUAAAACAAUAUCAUAAGGUUGGUGAUAUGCCUUGAACAUCCCUAGCUUCCUGUUGAUAAUCCAGGAAUUUAUUUCAACUACACUCAGUUGGUUUUGUUUUGUUUUGUUUUUUUGGUUUGGUUUGGUUUGGUUUGGUUUUUUGGUGAGGCAUUUGGGGUUAAGUAACUUGCCCAGAGUCACACAGCUAGUA